CCUCCUCCUUCAAUCCACCAUCAUCAUCAACAACCACAACAGCACCGGCAGCCUAUGAUGAUGCCACCACCACCGCCGCCGCCGCCUACUCAGCCCCCUCCAAUGUAUCACCAACCAAUCAAGCAUGAAGAGCAUUCGCAUAAUUACGGCAAUUAUCACCCACAACAACCCUUUAUGUAUAAUACGAGCAGCAAUCCAGGCCCUGUUGCAACCACGGCAGUAUCAGCAGCGCCAGUAACUUAUGCAGGGACGCCAGAGAUGGUACAACCGGUAUGUGUACAGUGAUCGUGAUGCUUUUGCGCUUGUGGUAAGUAUUCUAAUACAUUGAUAGACUGUACCUUCGACCUCAAUCCCGUCGUCAACGGCAUUUCUCGGUCCGCGGCCGGCUGUAUACCACCAUCAGCAACAUCAGCCACCUCCACCGGCUCAAUCGAUGCUUGUACAACAGCAACAGCAGCAACAGUUGUAUUCAAGACAGCAGCCACAGCCGUCCGUUACUCGGCCGUCUUUGUCUCCACAGCCUGCACCACUAAACACAUUCAAGCCUAUUGAUGCUCCUGCACCUGCAUCGCUACCAGCACCACCACCUUGCGCCUCUGCGUCAUCUUCGUCGUCCUCAUCACCAUCGACGUCGUCACUGUCACAAACAAACUCGGGCACGAUGGGCUUUGCUGUUCCAUCAUCCCAAGUGCGAUCAUCACCGCUACUUCCGAACAAUGACAAGAAACCAUCCAAUCUGCGCGUGCAGAUACCCAAUGACGAACAACAACAACAGCAGCAGCAGCAGCAUCAGCAUCAACAACAACAACAACAAACACAGCAGUACCCACCCCAUCACCAGCAGCAUCCAAAUCGUGUUAUGGGAGAAAGGGGUGGUGGCGGUGGCGGCGGCAAGGGCCCAACAUCACCAACGUCUGCUCUACCUUCACAAUUUGCACAGAACUUACCCUCGCCAUUUUCAAUAUAUCCAGAAUUCCUUCAACAAAACGAGUUACCCAGUCCAUUGAAUUUCUCUACUACCCCGACGGCUUCAAAUGCGUUCCAUUGGCCUGCAGCUGGUGCUGGUUCCUCGGCUGCUGCUGCCGCUGCUGCUGCAUCACAACAAACGCGUAAUAGCGAUUAUAGACCCUCUCCGUUAGGCAACAAUACUAGUAAUAAUAAUGGCGCUGGCCAUCAAAAAAGACCGGAUGCUCCCACCGGCAAUUCCGAAGUUGAAAACCAACGACUUAAAAAAAUUAAACUUGAAGCUGUAUGAACAAACUACAAUUACUACUCUUGCUACUAUUAUCACUGUUAGUAUACCACGAUAGUAAUCCUUAGUUCUAUCAAGGAUUUGCACAACCUGACAUUUCUGAUCCUCAUGCCCAUAUUCUCUUUCUUUUUUCCCUUCAAUUCACAGCACCAUUACGCACUGUUUUCUUUAAAAAACCUCCUUUCAUGUUGUAACAAAUUUGCACCUUUGUUCAUGUACAAGCGCAUAUAUUUCUCUAAUACACACUACACUGUUUUACGCAUAAAGAACAUCUUGCCUCCUGUCGUUCUUCCGACUAUGCUGUGGCGCUUUCCUUUUAUGCAGCGUCUAAAGUAAUAAAGUGUAUACUUUAUUAAAUCCUGCUAAAGUGUACAAGUAUUGUGUACAUACUACUACAUGUACAUACGG